AUGCUUUCUCGGAUUCUCAGGCGCUUCCCGUCUACGAUCCCAAAUCUGAAUCCGACCUCGGUGCUUCACAAAGUACAACCUUUACCAACCAACUCAGUCUCCUCCACGGCCUUCUUCUCUUCUCAGAGGUCUACUCUAAAAUCACGCCUCAGAGAAGAAGAAAAUCUGUACGGCUUAUUCCUCCUCUCGUUCUCUCCCGAUAUGGCAGAGAUCGCUGCAUUAUCCGGCUACGACUUCAUCGUCGUCGACAUGGAGCACGGUCCCGGCGGAAUCAGAGAGGCUCUCAACUGCAUCCGUGCAAUCCAGGCAGCCGGAUCUUCCACCGUGCUCCGUGUCCCGGAUAAUUGUCAAGCGUGGGCCAAAAAGGCUCUGGAUCUCGGCCCAGACGGGAUCAUGUUUCCGAUGAUCGAGACCGGAAAAGCCGCUUCCGACGCCGUCUCGUACUGCCGGUACCGACCUGGAGGACUCCGCGGCUGCGCUUACGCGAUCGUCAGAGAUUCAAGAUACGGCUUCGACGAGGGGUAUUUGCGUAAUUACACCGAUCAGACUCUCAUCAUGUGCCAGAUAGAAUCUGAGGAAGGUGUGAAGAAUGUGAAGGAGAUCGCAGCCGUUGAUGGGAUGGAUUGUGUGAUGAUGGGGCCGAGAGAUCUGAGUGCGAGUUUGGGGAUCCUCCACGAACCGGGAAACCCGAAGCUGAAGUCGGUGAUGAGGACGGCUGAGACGGCUGUGCUAGGUUCUGAUCCGGCGAACGGCGGAGCUUACUUGGCCGGGAUGGCCACGCCUAACGACAAACCCGUGGAUCUUCGAUCACGUGGAUAUCAGAUGAUACUUGGAGCUGCUGACGUGGGUUUGUUUAAGAAAGCAGUGGUUGAUGACGUCAAAAGGUUUAAGGAUGGAUCCUCGUAA